UCUGAGACUUUUUGCGGUACCGCCGCUAGCCACGAGGGUAAAACCAAGGUCACUCAGGCUUUUGCCCAAGUUCAGUAAGCCGGUUUUAUCGGACACAGACAAAAGUGCUAGAGGCAUUAAAACAAAUGUUCAAAAUUAGUUAUUUAAACAGUUUCUCACCAAAAUGAACAGAUUAUUUGGAAAAGGCAAACCUAAGGAACCAGGACCAAGCAUUUCUGAUUGUAUAAGUGGUGUGGAUGCAAGAGCUGAUGGCAUUGAAAAAAAAGUACUUGGACUGGACAAUGAGCUACGCCGUUUUAAAGAACAAAUGUCGAAAAUGCGAGAAGGCCCGGGAAAGAACGCGGUCAAAGCUAAAGCAAUGCGCGUCCUUAAACAGAAGAAAAUGUAUGAACAACAAUUAGAGAACCUUCGUGGGCAGUCCUUCAACAUGGAGCAAGCAAAUUAUGCACAUCAAACACUCAAGGAUACUCAUGCCACUGUGGUUGCUAUGAAGGAUGGAAUGAAACAGAUGAAGAAAGAGUUUAAAAAGAUUAAUAUUGAAGAAAUUGAUGAUGUGCAAGAUGAGCUUGCAGACAUGAUGGAACAAGCUGAUGAAGUGCAAGAAGCUUUGGGUAGGAAUUACAACAUGGCUGAAAUUGAUGAUGAUGAGUUGGCUGCAGAAUUGGAUGCUCUUGGAGAUGAAAUUGCCUUGGAUGAUGAUGCAACAUAUUUAGAUGAUGUUCUGAAUGCACCAGAAGCACCAAGCAAUAAACCAGAAAAACCAGAAGCAGCUAAGAACAAGGAUGGUAUUGCAGUUGAUGAAUUUGGGCUCCCACAGAUUCCAAACUAGGAUCUAAUUUGUUUCUUUGUACAACAUGCACAUAAUGUUUCAUAUUGUUUUAUAUAUAAUUGUAUAUUUGUAAGCUUGGCAUUACACAUGAGUAAGAUAUGUUUAUUGAGAUAGGCUUUGGCAUAUUAAGACAAAUAACAUUUAAUUUAGUCUAAAA